AUGGAGGUGUCGAGAAAAGAGGAAAAGGCGGUUGGCAGAUCAGUGGGCGGGGCCGGAUCGAUCGGAAAACGCCCUCGGCUCUGUCGACGGCUUUCUUUACAACAGCUUCUCGACUCUUCUUGUCGUUCGCCGAGAAGGCGCCACAUGUUUCUCGGCAUGUCGUUUUCCGUUUUUCGCGUCGUUGGCACGCACGUGUGCAAAAAAGGAGUCGCCGUUGAGAACUGUUCGAACUAG